AUGGAAGUUCAGACAAGCAGACAUUUGAAGCAUACACAAUAUAAAGUUUAUGAGAAAAAUAAUAAAAAUGAAAUUAAUCAAAACAAUGAAAAGGUGUGUAUAAUAUGCAAAGUGCUUUUAAAUCGCCUAUAUUUGUAUGUUAAUGUUUAUUGUGACAAUAAAUAUAAUAAUUUUACCAAAUGGCUAGCCACUAAUUUCCGUAGUUUUAUUUUGGAGUUAUAUCAAAAUAAAAUAAAAUGUGUAUUUCCAAAUUUUCUUAAAAAUAAUUUAAAGAUUUAUACAUAUCCAGGCACAAAAAUUUUAACUAUCAAGUUGCAUAUACUUUUAUAUUUGUUUUAUUUCAAUACUAUAAAAAAACUAAUUGUACAAAAUAUUCUACUUUAUUUUUUACAAAUAUAUCAAAUAAUAUUCAUUUUUAUUUCGCAAUAUGCUUAUCGCAUUUUAUUAUAUAACAAUAAUAUAAUAAGUAACUAUCUUAAUGACACAAAAAUAAUUGUUAUCAAUAAAAAUAUUAACACUACCAAAUUAUUGGAUAGUAUAAUACUGAACAAGUCAUACAAUAAUAAUGUUUCAAAAAAUAACAAACUUUUGUGUGUAAAAAAAAUAAAACAAAAUGGAUAUCACAACAUAAACUUUGGAAUAACAAAAACACACCCCUUACAUCAUCAGUGCAAUAUUAUACACAGGAAACAAACAAAAUGUUAUUUGUCUAUCAUUCUUAGUCAACAUUUCAAAACGCGUACAUGCAGUAGUAACGAAAACAACAGCCAAGCCAAUUGCUCAAGCAAGCAUGAACAUAAUAAGCAAACAAAUAAUCCUAAUUGUAGUUCCAACCAAAUAGCCAAUAAUAAUGGAAAAAAUAAUAAUGGAAACAAUAAUAGCGGAAACAAUAGUGACGAAGACGAGGACAAGACGGGGAAUAAACGGAGUAAUGAUAUUUGUGAUGAAGAUGAAAAAGAAGAAAAUAUUUAUAACAAAAAUAAGGAAAAAAAAAAAAAUAUAUAUAAAAUUAAAAAAAAUAGUUCAAAAGAUGAACAUAAUUUAAUUAAUAAUACUCAAGAAUCUAAUUGUAUACCUAAUGAAGUUAAAAAAUGUGAUGAGUCAGAUCUUUGCAAUAAAAUAUUCUUAGAUACUGAUACAGCCAAAGAAAUUAAUCACACCAAUCAACGUCAUAAUAAGAUUGAAAAAAAAUAUAUAUGUUUAAAAAAGAAGAGAAGAUUACUAAAAAAUCUUUCUUUCGUAUCAUUCAAUGCAGGAUUACUAGAAUAUAAAAUAUUGGGAAUGUCUAUAUAUCAAAACCCGCCAUUUAUUUUAAACAGAUUAUUACAUAUGCCACAUGAAUUAAUAAAAACAAACACAGAUAUAAUAGCUUUACAAGAAGUAUAUAAUGAUGAACAUAUCGAAUAUCUUAUAAAUAAUUUAAAAUCAAUUUAUCCAUUUUAUGCAAAAGGAUAUUAUUGUAAUCCUAUAUUUGAGAAAGAAUUUAUGGAUUCAGACGAUCUAUCCGAAUAUGAAGAUGUUGAUCAUGUUAAGAAAAACGGAAUAAAAAAUAUUGGCCAAAAAAAAAGCGUACGAAAAAAAUAUUUUGCCUUGAAUCAUGGAUUGCUAGUAUUUAGUAAAUAUCCUAUUAUAUAUUCUUGCUUUCAUAAAUUUAAAGAUGUAACAUAUUUAGAAUAUUUAUUUGGAACUAAGGGUUUUCUUGAAGUUAUUAUAGAUGUUCCGUAUUUUGGUAGAAUCGCACUUUUUAAUAUACAUUUAGCUAGUGGUUCUACAAAUACGGAAUCAAAAUAUAUAGAAAAAAUUAGAGACUAUGAAAUAAAACAAAUUAUACGAACUACACGUAAAGCUCAAAAAAAAAAUACAAUCCCAAUUAUUAUUGGAGAUCUAAAUGCUUCUCCUCAUUCUUCUCCAAAUAAUUAUUCCUCAUUUAUUAAACAUGGCUGGAAAGAUGCUUGGCUAUAUGCUAGAAAUAUUAAAAAAAAAAUUCACAAAAUUGCUAAAAAUAAAAAAAGUUGCAAAAAUUCAGAUAACAAAAGUAUAUUCCUCAAAAGAGGUAUAAACCAACCAUCAAAUGUGUCAAAGCAAAUAAUUCAAAACACAAGUGAUGUAAACGAAAACGAAAAUGAAAACACUCCUUUGCUCAAUUCAAAUCAUGAUAAACCCCAAACUGAAGUAAGUUUUGAUAUGAAAGAUAGCUAUACCAUAAAUAUAUUCAAUGCAAACAGCCAAAAUAAAUAUUUGGACAUAAAAAUGGAGAAAAAAAAAAAUACUAUAGGAAAUGCUGCUCAAAAUAAUAUGGUAAAUAUAAAUGAAUUUAAAUAUGAUUUAAAGUUUUCUUCAUCUGAUCAAAUAACAAAUUGUAGCCACAAAAAUCGAAGCAGUCAUCACAAAAGGGUAGACACUAAUGAUGAAACAUAUUUCCAAAAUUUUUCAAACUUAAAUAAAAAUAAUAACCUUAAAAUAUUUUGCAAAAAUAAUAAAUCAUUGCAAAAUUUAACACAUUUUGAAUAUUAUAAAAAUAGUGAAAACAAAAUUGAAAAUAACAAACUAUCUAUUUCAACUAUACACUUAGAUGAUAUAAAUAGUAAUCUUACCUUCAUAGAUGAAAAUAAAAAUUUUAACAAUUCAAACAUUCUCGGCAAUUCAAACAUUUUCAGCAGUUCAAACAUUUUCAGCAAUUCAAACAUUCUCGGCAAUUCAAACAUUCUCGGCAAUUCAAACAUUUUCAGCAAUCAAUAUAAUAACACAUUUGAACAGAUACCAUCAAAAUUGUAUUUAAGUAACGAAUUUGAAAGUAGUAAUAUUAAAACGAAAAAUAUUUCACAGAAUUAUUCCAUGUGUGAAACUGUUAAUUAUGAUGAUAAGUAUGUUACAAGUUUUAUUUGUGAUCACCCUAAUAAUUUUAGUAAACACAAUAGUCAAUCUUAUAGUAAUAUAUAUCAAAAUUAUAAUAGUUCAUAUAAAAGAAAAAAACAAGGAAGGUCUUUUGCAGCCAUCUCAGAAAUAUAUAAUUGUAAACUCUCUUCAAAUCCUAAUUAUUAUAAAAAUAUGUCAAUAUCAAAAAGUUUUAUAAAUUGUAGUAAUACUUCAAGCAAACUUUCUAGUAGCAGUGAACAUUCAUAUAUUGAUAUAUAUGAUAUGGAAGGUUCUGAAGUUAAAAUUUUUUACAAUAGUGAUGGAAAUUGGGGUAUUAAAAAGAGUAAAAAUAAUAACAUAAGGAAGAUUAAAAAAUCUAAAAUUAAUUUCAAAUUAUGUCAACACUCAAAAUAUCAAUUAAAUUCAAAUAAUCCGAAUUGCCAAACCAAAUGGGCUUCAUUACGAUUCAAACCCCGCUUCCUAAAAAUUCGAGACUCAAAUUAUGUUGAAAAAAUGAAAAAAACAAAACAAUUUUCAAAAAUGUCAAAUAAAGUAAAACAAAUAAGGAAAAAGACAAAAUACUGUGUUAUUAUAAAAAAUAAAAAAUAUCAUAAAAGUUUGAAAUAUAAAACAAAAAAUUUAGUUUACCUAAAUAAUAGAGAAACACCAAAAGAAUAUAGAAACAAUAAAAUGAAAGGAAAAAAAAAUAAUAUAAAAAGAAAGUCGAAAAAUAUUACCAGACAUAAUAAUGUAACAAAAAUGAUUAAUAAUAAAAAUGUACAAAAAAAAUCAAGUAAAAUUUUAUUAUUAGUUUUUUUAAAAAAAUUAAAAUAUAAAACUAUAAAAAAAGUAAUUAAAAAAUUAUUUAAAUUUGAAAAAGAAAAAAAUGAAGACACAACAGAAGAUCAACAUUUGUUAUAUUACAAUUUGAAUGAUCUAGAUGGAAAUAAUUAUAUGGGAGAUAAACAAAACUUUUUAGACAUCCUUUUUAAUAAUAUAAGGGAAAAAAAUAAAAAAAAUAAUAACAACAAAAAUAACUUUCUAAAUAUAAGUAGUUCUAAGAAAUGCCAUACACAAAAUGAAAAAAAUCAAAAUGAAAUUUACAAUUUACUUCAAACAUUUCAAACAGAUGAAUCUAUUUUAAAUGAUGAAAUAACAUGGGAUCCUCUAAACCCUCUAAAUAUAAUUGGGCCUCAUUCUUCUUGCUCAGCUCUUCGAUGUGACUAUAUCUUUUUCCCUCCUAUAAAUAGAAAUAUUUUAAAUACUUGCUUUAGUAAAAAUAAUAAUAAGAAGAAGAAUAAUGAAAAUGAAGAUGUACGAAAAAAUAUAGGCACUCUAUUAAACUCCAAAAAUAAUGAUAUGCCUUAUGAGCAAUGUGAUUUUCCAUUGUCUGUAAAUAAUAAUAAUGAACUUGAUGUUUUAAAAUACUACUUUAUUAAAAAUGCAAAAAUAUUAUUCAAUAAACCCUCUGUAAUAAUUAAUUCAAAUUAUAAUUAUAAACAUCCAAAUUGGCAUUCUUUUGGUGUUAAGACACAUAAUAUAAAUUUUGUAACACUCUCUGAUCACUAUGCUAUACAAAUUGAUUUGCAACUAAAAAAGAAAUACAACAAUUUGAGGGAUACGCCAAACGCUUGUUAUAGUGAAUAG